CCCUUUCCUCUCAAGACACCUUCCACCAAUUCGUCUCCCUCUCCCCCUUUCCCCUCCUAACUUUUCAAUAACAUGACCUUUUACCCUUGCUUCAGGUAACCGGUUGCUCGCUUUGGAUUUUCUUCAAACGACCAAAGACUAGGAACCCCAACGAAAGCUAAAAGCCUAAAACACGGCUAAAACGACGACGAAACCGGGUGCUCCGACUGUCCGUACGUCAUGAUCGGUCUAAACAAGCUGGGGACGGCAAUCACGGUGAUCAUCGCUCUCACUCUCGCCGCUCUCCUCCUCGAAAUCCUCUACUUAUUCUGGCGCCAUCAUAGGCUCCGUCGGCGCCCUCACUCUGAUCCCGUAACUCACAAGCAAGUCCUCCACUUCCUGUGCUGGAAACGCAAGUCCCGCGUCGAGCCCCAGCGAACCUCCCCUCCCACUUCGUCGUCUUCUCCGCCGGAGCUGGCGGAGCAGGUGAUCAAGUGGCAGUGCCUGCACGGCCCCUCCAGGGUUCUGUUCACCAUCAAGGAGGAAGACAGAGAGGGCCUGGACUCCGAGAACUUCUCCUCGGCGGAGAGCAUGGUCAAGACGAGAAGGGUGUGUUACGCUGCAGCUACUGCUGGGUCUGGUGGGGGAGACGGCAGCGUGGAAGAAGUGGAAGUCAUAAUAGAGACGACACCGUUUUCGACACCUUGCGCUUCGCCUCCUUACUUUACUCCGUCGUCUUCGCCGGUUCGAGAGUCGGGGAAUGGUAACGGAUGCCUGAUGACACAAGCCCCGACUGUAAAAAAAGAUUCCCCUUCAGAAAACCAGCAAGACUUCGUCAAACAGGCUGUACAAGUGGAUGAAAUUUUAAGUUAGCUCCUCAGGAUGUUGGAUUAACAAAUUAUGGAUUAUGAAAGCGUCGCCGUCGUCCCAAAAGUUUGCUCUUUUCUUCCAUUUUGUAGCCUCUGGUUAAUGUCACGGCUCACAAGAUCAUGGCAUCUCCGACCGGAAAACCUUUUAUUUUAUUUUAUUUUAUUUUAUUUUUGGCUUCAGGCCAACACUGCACAACUGGCCUGUUAGAACUUGGAACUAGAAUUAGUUUUAAAUUUUUAUGAUUUUUCCGUGAA